AUGCGGUUCACAAUUACUUCCGUCGUGGCUGCAACUUGCUUGGCCGCCUUGGCUGAGUGCCAUAGCUGGGUUGAAGAGUUGAACGUCGCUACGAACGGGUCGUUCGUUGGGAAAAAGGGCUACAUUCGUGGCCAUGUUGCUCGAACGGGAUCUGGAUUCAAUGACAUGAUGAUGACACAUCGACUUCCUCCUGAGGACCGCCCUGUCGACGUUGGGAUGCAACCCAGCGACUUUAUGUGCAUGCCGUCUCAGCGCCGUCAACGCCAAUCCGGUGGUUUCCCCAUGCUCGAGGCAGCGCCCGGCGAUAUUGUUGCCUUGAUGUUACAGGAAAACGGACACGUGACCCUCCCAGAUACCCAGCCCGGCAAACCAGAGAAUCGUGGAACAGUAUACAUCUACGGCACUCAAGAUCCUCGCCAAGAUGAAAAGUUCCUCGACGUCCACGGGGUAUGGGGUGCGGGCGGAUCCGGAGGUGACGGCCGUGGUCGUCUCCUCGCGAGUCAAGAUUUCGAUGACGGCCGAUGUUACCAAGUUAACGGUGACAAAAUCUCCCAGAGUCGGCAACAGCAAUACCCCCACGAGCCGGAUGAGCUCACGGGAGCCGACCUCGCUUGUCAGCACUACUUCCCGGUACCAAAGGACAUCAAGCAAGGCUCGAUCUUGACCGGAUACUGGGUCUGGAUCUGGCCAACCGCGGCUGGGAUCGAUCCUAACCUCCCCAACGGCAAGGAUGAGAUUUACACGUCGUGUUUCGAUAUCAAAAUCGUCGCCUCUGGAGGCUACAACGGAACAAACUCAACAAACGGUACCUCCGGAAAGCAUUCCUCCGGAGCUCCGCCGUUGAACCGCAUGCCAAUCGCCUCUCUGCUUGCAAACCUCAAGAAUUCGUCAGGCACCGGUCAUUCUGACGUCAGUGACGGAACCAAAUCUGGUUCCAAGCCUCCCGCCAAAGGUUCCAUCGUCCAUACGCCAAGAGCUGCAACCACGGCAACAUGGGAGACAAAGACAAGGACCUCUCCCUACGAACCGACUCAUCACUACCUUGGAGAGUCGUAG